AUGAACCGUCACCGGAAACAGCACCCCGACUGGGAGCAGAUGCUGGCUGCUGACGACGCUUUCCGCUCUUCUGUAGCUAUCACGAUCGAAGAAGAAGAGAAGUUAGGAGUUCCCGAAGGGUAUCAAGGCCGUGUCGCAAACCGCAUGGCCGAAUAUGAUGCUCGCAGAGGAUUUUAG